AUGAAAGACGAUUGUAUUGACGAAAAAAGUGCCGACAGUAUACCUCCUACCCUUUCUUUCUUUCUUUCUUUCUUUCUUUUUUCUUUGUUUCGUUUUUUACUUAUUUACUAUUAUUCUUUCUUCCUUUCGUUCUUUCUUUCUUUCUUUAGUUGUUUCUUGAUUUUUCUUUUUUAUUUCUUUAUUUCAUUCUUUCUUGAGUUUUUUAUUUCAUUCAUUUUUCCUUUCUUUAUUCUUAUUUCGUACUUUCAUUCUGUCUUUCUUUCUUUUCUUUCUUUCUUUCUUUUUUCUUUCUUUCUUUUUUUUCUUUCGUUCUUUCAUUCUUUCUUUCUUUUCUUUCUUUCUUUCUUUUUUUCUUUCGUUCUUUCAUUCUUUCUUUAUUCAUUCCUUCUUUUUUUCUUUCUUUCCUUCUUUCAUUCAUUCUUUAUUCUUUCUUUCUUUAUUUUUCUUUCUGUAUUUUUCUUUGAUUCUUUCCUUAUUUCUUUUUCUUUCUUUUUGCUUUCUUUCGUUUUUUCUUUCUUUUCUUUCUUUUUCUUUUUCUUUCUUUCUUUCUUUCUUUCUCUGUUUUUCUUUCUGUCUUUUUCCUUUUUCGUUCUUUCUUUCUUUAUUUAUUUUUCUUUAUUCUCUCUUUCUUUUCUUUCUUUUGUUCUUUCUAUAUUUAUUUUUCUUUCUUUCUUUCGCCCUUUAUUUCUUUCUUUUUCUUUCUUUCGUUCUUUAUUUUUCUUUUUUCUUUCUUUCAUUCAUUCUUUUUUUUUCUUCCUUUCUUUCGUUGGCAGUUUCUUGAUUUCUUCAUUACAUUCUUUAAUUCUUUGUUUCUAUUCUUUCUUUUUUCCUUCUUUCUUUUUUCUUUCAUUCUUUUUUCUUUCUUUCACUAACAAGGAAUUCAAAGCGUUCAGAUUUUUCUUCACCCUCCCCCACUAA